AUGAGAAUGAAGAUCGGAAAACCACUCAAAACCUUGCCAGAUCUCCUUCGAGAAUACAACUUGCCUCCUGGCCUGUUCCCCCAGAACAUAACAUGUUACGAGUUUGAUGAGUCAAAGGCUAAGCUGACUGUAUACUUGCCCUCUGCAUGCGAGGUCAGCUUCAAAGAUUCCUCCAUGAUAAGGUAUGCCCCUCGGGUAAAAGCCAUUCUUAUGAGAGGAAAGCUCACAGGUAUAGAAGGAAUGAAGACAAAGGUCUUAGUAUGGGUUAAAGUCACCAAUGUGGCUGUGGAGGGUUAUAAAUCUGAUAAGGUCUGGUUCACGGCUGGGGUGAAGAAAUCAAGGCCAAAGGAUGUAUAUGACAUGCCUCGCGAUGCCAUUAGAGUUCAAGAAUUUUAA